UGGAAUGGGUGUGUUGGGAUGGUUGCAGUUGGACAUUGCAGUGCAGUUUCUAUAGCAACCCUGUGAUUCUAGCGUCCCUCUGUCGGUGGUACUAACUGUAUACUGCCCCUCACGUCCUUGUUGUUAUAGGAAGCACAGUCAUAUACAUCUGGAGUGACUCCCGUUAGCAACGUGGCAGCGACACAAACUGGAGCAGCAGCAGCCUCACCUUAAGGGUAGAUGCUAACCAACCCUCACUUAAGGUUAGGUAACUGAGCUGACAGACACAUACACAGUCACAGAGCAGCACGGUGAUGUAUCUGAAACAUCGCCCCGUUCUGUCAGUCUCACAGUGUCUCAUCUCGCGAGAAUUGCGGUUGGCGCCGGUGGCUUCUGUGCGCGGAUUGGUCGGAUCUCUGAGAAGUGGAAGGCGAAGCUGGUGCUGGUUCGGUGACUGGUGGUCUGCUGCUAGGAGAGCUUCGAUCAAAACAGCAAUGGAGACUCCUUCCAUGUGCUCUCCAUCACUUACCAAUUCCAAGAAGCAUUUUGGAUCCCCAGAGCCGCAAAGCAGCACAUCUGUUAAACAGCCCAUGAGUGCAACUCUUCGAGAACGGCUUAGGAAAUCUCGAAGAUCUUUCAGUUCAACAUGUAAAGUGGCAAAAAGGUUAAAAAUUGAUGGUGAUGAGCGUGAGAUUCCGGUAAAGUGUAUUGUGGAUGCCUCAUCCCCGCAGGACCUUGAGGAACAUAUUGUGAAAAUUGGACAAACAUGUAGUCCUCUUUCAUCUGCUGAUGAAAAAAUUCCAGAAGGCAAAACUCAUGAACAAGCAUCUCCUAGUAGUGCUACUAACCCCCAGCAUAUGCUUCAGGGAAAAAAGGGCUUGCUAAAGAGAGUUGAAGAGAAGGAAGAAGUUCUAAGGAGACUGAAAAUGGUUAAACUAUAUAGGUCUAAGAACAAUUUGACUGAGCUACAGUCUCUUAUUGAAAAAUGGAGGAAAAGUAGCCAGCUUUUGCUCUAUGAAAUCCAAACCGCAUUAUCUACAGAGAAUAAAAAGAUAAGUCUGACUGAACUGAUAGAAAGCUGCGGGCUGGAUGAGAAAUUACUGGACUACAACAGAGCAGAAGAGGACUUUAAUGAAUAAUGUAUUUAAAAAUCACUGUAUAGAUUUUGAAAUGUACAUACUCAAUGGACUACGCUUUAGUUGUUCUUCAUUAGUUUCUGUAGCAUCAAUGGAUGAGCUGGGAGAGUAAUCCUGGCCAGAGAGAGAGAGAUGCCAAUUCUGCCAUUCUACCCAGAUCACUGUCCAUUAUGGCCACCUUUUAUGAAACCUCACUAUAUUUGGCACUGUUGCUGGAGAAGACAGCGGCCUGUUCUUUCUGGUGAAGGAUGACCGCACACACUGUCUAAUAGCCAUUAUAUUAUUGUAUUUAUUAUUAUCAGGCAUGAUAUUGCUUGUGUCCUGUAUCUCUUUACCUCUUUGUGUUUGCAAGGCAAUAUGGUUUUAGAACGUUAUUAGGCUAUACAGUUUAUUAUUUGACUUGUUAAACAUAUAAAAUGUAAUAAACGUUUUACAUGAAAUGCAAAAA